GGAUUGAUACUGAAAAGUAAAAGUCAACUCCAUCUUCCUCAAAACCAUUCCCAUAUCACCAAGCAUUCAGUCCUCAACCUUUUUAUUGUGCCCAUCAGUCUUCUCGCAAUAUCGAUCAACCCGUCGAAAUCCAUCAUGUCAUUCGCCCGCUUCAUGAAAAACUGGUACGACCCCGCGGUCAUCCCCAUUUACGUAGUUAUGGGAACUGCUGUCGGCGGUGCUAGUUGGUACCUCGCUCGUCUUGCAAGGGGGCCCGACAUUGUCUGGGAUCGUCACAACAACCCACAACCUUGGAACAACGUCCAACAGGGUCAAAACACCAAGUUGAUGAAUGUCAACCAAACUUUCCCAAAUGGCGAUUACAAACGUGAUAAGUUUUGAAGAGCUUUUUACUACUUAUGAAUUCGUAUAAUAGAGACACGCUCCCACGGCUCUAGUCCACCCAUUUCAAUGGGAUCGAUUUUCUUGUUUGUGAUUUUAUAUUUUCCGUCUUGGGAUCUCUCCAUCAUACAUUGUGUUUGUUACCUCAAGGUUCUUGCGAGCCACUUUAAUGUUGGAGACAGUCACAAAAUGGAUUCUUUUUGUUUAUUGUUGGACGGAGAUCCCUAGACGUUAGUGUUUUUUUCCCUUUGUGUCCUGAAAUUGGAUUGUGAUUAUUUUGUGAGGUGACUU